AUGCCAAGACACCUGGAUCCCAGCCCUGACCAAGCUCAAGCCCUGACUCUGACAUCAUCUAUUGAGAGAACCAUCAGCCUGGACCCUGUGUCUCUAAAAGCUGGGCUGUGUCUUACUCAAACAGCUCUUCGAGAGCUGAACAAGAAUACACCCAAAUUUGUUCUCAAGGUAAUACUGAUUUUCAUUUUUAUGAAUGAUAGCAAGAUCAAUGAUCAUCAUGUCAGAGUGAAGCACUCGCUCUUUUGGGGAGUGAAGAAGUUCAUCACAUAUGAAUUUAUGAAACAGAAACAAGUGCAGAAAAAAGGUUCCAACGACUGGACUGCUAAUUUACAGGAGGCAGUGGAAAUGGUCCAGCGUGCAUCUGUGGUUAUAGCUGAGAUUGAGGCAAAAGCCCAAAUGUGGAUUGGAGAGGAAGCUGUGGCUGGGUCCUGGAAUGUGGCUAACAUAUACAUCAACUGCCUGGCAAGUGAGUUAGGCGAUGAUGCUCAGGUCUGGGACAUAUUUUCAUUAACAAUCGCCCAAGAAAAUUCAGAUACUAGCAACAACACUGAUUUUAGCAGAGGAGGUAGCACGAGGAUUAACUUCGGGGAUGAGACAUUCUGUACUACAACAGGCUUCAGCAGCACUAGCGUGGGCCAGGCAGACAGCACUAGUGUGGCUUUCAUUGGUAGACUGAGCACCAGCACUGGCUGUGGUGGCAUGCUCAGCCUCUGUGCCUGCUGUGGUGGCUCUCCUUGCUCCAGUGGCACCAGUGUCUGGCCUGGUGCUUCUCCUAGCACCACAACUAGUUUUGACAACAUAUUCAGCCACUCUUUUGGUGGCUCUCCUAACACCAGUGGUGACUUUGGCUGUAUGCUGAGCACUGAUAUCUGUUUUGGUGGUUUUCCUAACAUUAGUGCAGACACUCGCAAUUGUUGGCUUUGGUGA